CAAUUCUUGAUUUUAAACUUCCUUACAUUACUCUAAAUUUUAAAGCAUAACUUAAUUAAAGUAAGGAAACAUAAUACAGAAUGGAAAGUUAUCAAUAAAAAGAUAUACACUUAUCAAAAAAAAAAGAUUGAAAACCUUAUCAAAUUUUUGUGAAAGAAAAAGAUAUUAACAGCUAUAUAUUAACAUUGACAUAAGAAAUCCCACCAAAAAAAAAAAAAACAUUGACAUAAGAAAAAGAAAAAAACAAUUUGCUUAGAUAUACACGUUUCUAAAUGGAAAUAGAAGCAUUAGUUCCCAAACUCACCUAUUUGCGUCCGUUGACACUAAAAGAUUAUUAUGUGCCGUUUUUUCUCGUAAUAGUGGUCUUAUUGUUUUUCGGUUUUUUUACGUACGUUGUGUAUGAACAACACAAAGAAGAACAAAAUUAUGUCCCAAAUAUUACAAUACCUUCUAUCGAUUUCACGGUCCUUAAUAUAACCGAGACUCGUCUUAGUGUAAAAUGGGAUUUAUUGUUAAGGAUCCCUAGUGAUCUUCCUGGUUUGUAUAUGUGUCUCAAAGGAAACUUUCAGUUUUCCAUAAUAUACAAAGGUGUUACCAUUGCUACUUCAUUCAUAGAGAGUUACAAUCUGAUACCAUGGUGAGCUCAGCUGAUUAGGGUUUCAUCGAUUGCUUCUGAAGGAGAUAUGGACGGUGUGAUUCUGAAAGAUAUUAUGAAGGAUAUCAAGGAAAUAGGUGAAAUAAGGUUCGGAUCGCGAUUGCUUCUUCCGGAUUGUAGAUAUGGGACAACUGGAAAGAUGAACUAUGCAUGUGAUGUAGCCAUGUUACGGUUCGAGCCUGGCUCUCAGAGGAAUGCAACUUUGUUUGGAAACCACCCUAUUUGCCGCUAUCUUCGCUAAGUACUUUUCAUCAAGAUUUUUUUGUUUAAUUUACCAAAUGUUGGACAUUUUUCUUUUGCGCUGUGAUAUGGAUUUCUCACUAAAUUAAA